AUGACAGGAGCCUGGAGACAUUUGCUGAGAGCUUUGCACCUGAAAACCUUAUCUCUCUGGACCCCCAAGACGUGCUUUUCCCUUAACGCUGGUGCUUUCUGGACAUCUGUGACCAGGUGCGGCUUUCAUACAAAGCCCAGCAUGCCGCCAUGUGACUUCACACCAGAAAGAUACCAGUCCCUGGCCUAUAGCCGAGUCCUGGAGGUCCAUAAGCAACAUCUCUCUCCUGUGCACACAGCCUAUUUCCCAGAGCCCCUGUUGCUCCACCAGGGACACAUGGAGUGGCUCUUUGAUCAUGAGGGAAACAGAUACCUGGAUUUCUUUUCUGGGAUUGUCACUGUCAGUGUUGGUCACUGCCACCCGAAAGUAAACGCAGCAGCGCAAAGGCAGCUGGGCCGCCUGUGGCAUACAAGUUCUGUCUUCUUCCACCCUCUGAUCCACGAAUAUGCAGAGAAGCUUUCAGCACUUCUUCCUGAGCCGUUGAAGGUCGUUUUCUUGGUGAACAGUGGUUCAGAGGCCAAUGACCUAGCCAUGCUGAUGGCCAGAGCACACUCAGACAGCACAGACAUCAUUUCUUUCAGAGGAGCCUACCAUGGAUGCAGUCCUUACACACUUGGCUUGACAAAUGUGGGCAUCUAUAAGAUGGACCUGCCUCAUGGGACAGGCUGCCAACCAACAAUGUGCCCAGAUAUUUUCCGUGGCCCUUGGGGAGGAAGCCACUGCCGAGAUUCUCCAGUGCAAACAAUUAGGAAAUGCAGCUGUGCACCAGACUGCUGUCAAGCUAAAGACCAGUAUAUUGAACAAUUCAAAGAUACUCUGAGCACUUCUGUGGCCAAAUCAAUUGCCGGAUUUUUUGCAGAGCCAAUUCAAGGGGUGAAUGGCGUUGUUCAGUACCCGAAGGGGUUUCUAAAGGAAGCCUUCGAGCUGGUGCGCGAGCGGGGAGGCGUGUGCAUUGCAGAUGAAGUGCAGACAGGAUUUGGAAGGCUGGGCUCUCACUUCUGGGGCUUCCAAACACACGGUGUCCUGCCAGAUAUUGUCACCAUGGCUAAAGGGAUUGGGAAUGGCUUUCCCAUGGCAGCAGUCGUGACAACUCCAGAGAUUGCCAAGUCCUUAACCAAGCACCUGCUUCACUUCAAUACCUUUGGAGGGAACCCCAUGGCCUGCGCCAUUGGUUCAGCCGUCCUUGAGGUGAUUAAAGAAGAAAAUCUACAAGAAAAUAGCCAAGAAGUUGGCACCUAUAUGUUGCUGAAGUUGGCUAAGCUGCGGGAUGAAUUCGAAAUUGUGGGAGAUGUCCGAGGCAAAGGUCUCAUGAUAGGAAUAGAAAUGGUGAAGGAUAAGGAGAGCCACCAGCCUCUUCCCCGUGAAGAAGUAAAUCAAAUCCACCACGACUGCAAAUGCAUGGGGCUUCUGAUUGGCAGAGGCGGCCUUUUCUCUCAGACUUUCCGCAUUGCGCCCUCAAUGUGCAUCACUAAACCAGAAGCUGAUUUUGCGGUGGAAGUGUUUCGCUCUGCCUUAAUUCAGCACAUGGAGAGAAGAGCUAAAUUAAAAUUUUAA